AAGUAGAUGAAUUCUUAUUCUCUUGUUGUAGCGAUCUCGGUAAAGAAACGACAAAUGACCUUUGCCGCGUGAGACUCGAACAGAGCUGGACAUCAGCCUGGUUAAUCGUUAGGAAAACACAAUGAAUGCGAUCUUUCGUAUUCGUCAGUGUUCUUCGUAAAGACUGGUCGCUUGCUCAGUGUCCCCGACCUACUGCCUCUCCUCUGUCCUCGCUGUGCCCCUUUUGUCUCGCUAGGUUUCAUACCCUCGCCCAAGCCACGGAGUGUCGCUGGAUCUACUUGUUGUAGUUGACUGCGUUUUUCUUACUCAUCGGAUUUCUUGUUUUGUGUUGGGUUUUAGAGAUCGGCUCACGAGGAGGUAGAUGUGGUGAUUUCAGAUCGAGGGUUCGGGGAGGAGAGAAGUAGGGGAGCAGGGGUUUGAUUGAUCGGAGAUUGAAAGAUGUGGCGCUUGAAGCAGUUCAUGCCCAACAAGGAAGCCGGGGGGACAUUGGAAGGAAAGCAUGUGGACGUUGGGGAUUUGAAGUUGCAAGUUAGAAGCGUUAUUGCGCAGGGCGGAUUCUCGAGUGUGUACUUAGCGAAAGAAUCGUCCACCGGGAAGACGUACGCAUUGAAGCACAUCAUUUGCAAUGACGUGGAGUCGGUGGAACUGGUGAAGAAGGAGGUCGCGGUGAUGAAGGCUCUGCGGGGCCACCCGAACGUGGUAACGUUGCAUGGACAGGUGGUGUAUGAUUGUGGGCGGACGAAGGAAUGCUUCCUUGUGAUGGAGUAUUGCCACAAGAUGUUGGCGCAUGUGUUGGAGAAUCGGGGAGCGGGCUAUUACGACGAGAAGCAAAUUCUUGUUAUCUUCCUCGACAUCUGCAAUGCUGUCUACGCCAUGCAUAGUCAAUCCCCUCCAAUUGCCCACAGGGACUUAAAAGUGGAGAACGUGCUCCUAGGGUCAGACGGCGCGUGGAAGGUGUGUGACUUUGGAAGCAAUUCUACCAAUCAUAAGCACUUCGAUUCUCCAGAAGAAAUGGGAUUGGAAGAAGAUUGCAUUAGGAAGUUUACAACACCUUCUUAUCGGGCACCAGAGAUGUGGGACCUUUAUCAGAAGGAGUUAAUCAGCGAGAAGGUCGACGUUUGGGCACUCGGUUGUCUCUUAUACAGGAUUGCUUAUCUUAAAUCCGCAUUCGAUGGUGAGUCGAAAUUACAAAUUCUGAAUUGCAACUACCGUAUACCGGAGUCGCCAAGAUACUCUUCUGCAAUCACGGGGUUGAUCAAAGACAUGCUUAAUGUGUCUCCGGAGGCCAGGCCGAGUGUCAUGCAGGUCUGGCAGCGCGUAAAUGAAGCUCUUCCCCCUGAUUGUCGUAGAAGUCACCCAGACAAGGCUCCAGUGCAUAACAAGCCACUGACUGCUUCACAGAAGCACCAUCAUACUGGCGGUUCCAUGGAGGGAGCAAAGGCUUCUAGCUCGACUUCAUCUGUGGCCUCUCGCACUCCACCUAAAGAAGCAGAGAAACAUUCAGUGGAACCCGUAGGUACGAGCAAUAACUCUGCCAAGGGUGCCUUCUGGUCCACUCAAUAUGCCGAAGCUGCAAUACCAGCUGAUUCAAACUCAAGACAAGAGAAGGGUACCAAUAGUAAGUCCUCGCUUCCACUCAAGUCUACCAGUCCACCAGUGCCCUCUAGGUAUUUGAACACUAGUCCUCCGAAGGUUGCCAAUUCACCCCCAGUGAGGACUGGCGGGGUUGGAAUGGCACGGCAAACUCAAGGGUUAGCACAGAAUACUAGGUACAGGGACUUCGGUAAUGGUGAGGUUGAGCAGGGCUCUGGUUGGCAGAGCGAAGAGGAAUCAGGAAGAAGCUCCUCAACGUCAAGACAGAAACAUGGAGUAUCAGAGGAAAGAGCUUCAACAGAUGACUCGUCUUUUGCAGCGUUCGAAGUAGAGUAUACUCAGUCAGCUCUGCAUUCAAGAUCGCAAGAGCAGUUGAAAGAUGAAGUUGACAGGUUAAAUGCAGCUCUGAAGCAGGCCCUUGAGGAAAAAUCAGUUAUAGCAUCAAAAUUUGAGAAGUUGACAGUAAUCUGUCGUUCUCAAAGACAAGAAAUUCAAGACUUGAAAUCUCAGCUUGGCUCGGGUGCAGGAAAAAACACCUCCCCUACGCAGCAGCAUAGCUCUUCUUCGCGUGCUAAGAAAUUGCAAGCUUUUGAACAGGGAGUGGAGACACAGGGUGGAACAAUUUGGGACCUUCAGGAAGGACUCUCCACGAAUUCAGCAAACCAGCAGUCUUCAUGGGCAGCUUUUGAGGAUCCACCUAAGCAAGUGAAUUCUACUAGACCACCUCAAGGCAAUCCAAGAGCAAGCACGGAUUCUUUGUUUAAUUCUUCUGGGAAAAUUCCAGAUAGAAGUAUGCGACAACAUGACAUGCGGGCAAGCACGAACUCUUUGUUUGGUUCGUCUGAAAAGACACCAGAAAGGAGUGUGCGACAACAGGACGUUAGGGCCAGUAAUCCUGGUGGAGAAAGAUGGAGUAUGGCACAGGAACGAAGUCCUUCAGUAGGUACUGCUUUCAAUGGAGCUAAGGUGGAGCCACCAACAAAUCGAAUGAACCAGCCAGCAGGGUGGGCAGGAUUUUAACUGGAAGUUGUUGGGUUUUACUGCACAAUCGAUUGCUCAUCAAGCAUGCUUUACUUCUUCUACAACAGUCGUUGAGUUUGGUUUGAGGGUAGUUAUAGAUGGCUUGGGUUUGUUCUACCUACCCUUCGCUACUGAAAGUACUCAAGGAAAAUGCACUGGCUACUGGAUAACCAAUUUUUGGGAGGUAGAAUUUUCUGCUCAAUCCUUGUUAUAGGUCAAUAUUUUUAGUCAUAUUCAAGAUUACAUUUUAGACGUAACUUUCAUCUCAUAUUCUCAUCUGAUUAGUUCACAAGACCCAGACUUCUAGAGCCUCGAUUCUGAAUGUGCAAUUUAAUUGUGAAUUAGUUCAUGAUUAUUUUGAGGAAUUAGAGUCAAAGAAUUUGCAGAUUGUAUGAUCUUUUCAGUUAGUAUCAAGUAGGAACAUUCUUCCUCGUUAACUCUGCAAUUCCUUAGUUCUCCUC